AUGGAUAUCGAGCAAUUCCGAAAAGCAGGUUAUGCAGCAAUAGAUUCGAUAUGUGAUUAUUAUUCUACGAUCUCAGAAAUACCUGUGAAAGCUCAAGUACAACCUGGUUAUCUGAUUGAUCAAUUACCCAAGGAAGCUCCUGUGGAAGGAGAGGAAUUUGCCGAGAUAUCAAACGAUUUCCAAAGACAAAUUAUACCUGGUAUAACACAUUGGCAAUCACCUUCAUUCUUCGCUUAUUUCCCUUCGAAUUCAACUUUCGAAUCCAUGCUAGCUGAUUUAUACUCUGCUAGCGUCACCAAUCCUGGAUUCAACUGGGUAUGUUCUCCAGCAUGUACAGAGUUAGAACAAGUCGUUGUCGAAUGGGCAGCUAGAAUGUUAGGUCUCGCAGAGAAGUUUUGGGGUAGCUCAGGUAUUGGAGGUGGAGUCAUUAUGGGCUCAGCUUCGGAUUCAGCAUUUACAGCAUCUAUAGCAGCUCGAGAAAGAGCUUUACGAGUACUUUCCUCUCAGAAAGGAGUCGAGAGAUCAGCAAAUGGUCAAAUUGAUAUACCAGACUCUAUUCGACAAGAAUAUGGACAGAAAUUAGUCGUCUAUGGAAGUACUCAAACUCAUAGUCUGGGUGCUAAGGCAGCAUUGAUGCUUGGCUUACCAUUCCGAGCUGUAUCGGUUUCAAUAGAAGAUCAGUACAGCUUGACUGGAGAAUCAGUAAAACAAGCUAUUGAAAAAGAUGUUCAAGAUGGUUUAAUCCCCUUCUUAGUUUACGCUACUGUCGGUACUACUUCUACUGGAGCAGUAGACAGAAUUGCUGAGAUUGGAGAAGUCUUGAAAGAAUACCCUACUACUUUCUUACAUGUAGAUGCAGCUUGGGCAGGCGUAGCGUAUGCUUUACCUGAGUAUAGGGAGUCACUUCGAUUGAAAGAAGUCAACGAAUAUGCAGAUUCGUUCUGUACAAAUUACCAUAAAUGGGGCUUAACGACUUUCGAUUGCAGUAUCUUCUGUGUGAAAGAUAGGAAAGAUUUGACUCAAGCUCUGGAUGUCACUCCUCCCUUCUUGAGAAGUAAAGAAGCAGAUGAAGGGACUGUAAUCGAUUACAGAAAUUGGCAACCUGCUCUAGGUCGAAGAUUCAGAAGUAUCAAGUUGUGGUUCGUCUUAAGAAGCUUCGGUAUAAAUGGAUUUCAAAAACAUCUUGAAAAUGGCAUAGAGCAGUGUCAACAACUUGCAAAGAUUGUUGAACAAUCAUCAACUUUCGAAAUUGUCACACCUCCAUCACUCGCUUUACUAGUUUUCAGGCUGAAACCUUCUUCUUCUUCCCCCGAAGAAGUGAGUGAGGAUGAGUUGAAUAUCCUCAAUCAGAAUUUACAUGAUCGUUUGAAUUCAAGAUAUGAUGUAUUCUUAACUCAAACUGUAUUACACAGUAAAGAGAAAAAUAUCUUUUGUAUCAGAUUAGCUAUGGGUGGAAGAUAUACUACGUUCCAAGAUGUAAAGAAGACUUGGGAUAUCAUCGAAAGUGAAGGCGAAGAGGUAUUAAGGGGAUGGAAGAAGGUUAUGGCGGAAUAA